AUUUUAUUCGCAAUGCUACGUUCAAAGUCGUUUGUAAAGCGCACACGCAAGGGCAACAUUGUGCGCACAGUCAAGGAGCACUACUUGCGCGACGACAUCAGCUGCGGUUAUGAGCAGUGCGGACACCCGGUGUGCGUGAAGGCCCGGCAGGACGCGGCCGAGCACGGCAGGCACAGCGUCGAUGGAGUGCAGACAGCAGCCCCCCUGAGCUGUACACCGCGCGACUCGGAGAAGUGGGGCAGACACUACCUGAUCCCCGACACCAAUGCGUUCAUCAACCAGAUCGAUAUCUUUGAGCGGCCGAUCAUCAACAAUGUCGUGGUGCUGAGCACGGUACUGGACGAGCUGCGCGGGCUGAGUAUGGCAGUGUACAACCGCGUGCGGGCUAUUGUGCGUGAGCACGAGCGGCGGUGGUUUGUGUUUUCGAACGAGCACCACCGCGAGACCUUCAUUGACCGCAGCGCAGGUGAGACACCUAAUGACCGCAAUGAUAGGGCAAUCCGGGUCGCAGUCAAAUGGUAUGCGAAUCAUCUGUCGAACACGGGCAUUGCGGCGCUAAUGGUCACGAAUGACGAGGGUAAUCUGAAGAAGGCAAAGGAAGAUGGAGUUGAGUCGUGCCGGAUGGACGAGUACUUGGCGAUCUUCACAGAGCACCCGGAGCUGCUGGACAUGAUGGGCAGUGUGAGCAUCACCGACCGCGAGUCUGGGGAUUCCAGGUGGGGCGGGUACCCAGAGUACCUGAGUCCGGUACAGGUACAGGCAGGCAUCAAGGCAGGCAUGCUGGUGCAGGGCACGCUGCAAAUUGCGGCCUACAACUACCUGGAGGGCUCGAUCUACACGACGUUCCCCGACGGCAAGGAGCGCAGCGUGCUGAUUCUGGGCCGCAUGGACAUGAAUCGCGCGAUCCAGGGCGACAAGGUUGCGGUACAGAUCCUGCCCAAGUCGCAGUGGCGCAAAGCACCCAGUGCUGCGUUGGUUGAUGAGGACGAGGAUUCGGUGCCGGAUGUCGAUGAGAAGAAAAAGAGCGACGAAAAGGCAGCCAGGGACCCUGCGGUGGUUCCGGGCGACGCAGACAAGUCUGUCGAGGGACGUGCUCGCAAGCGUGCGCGUGUGGCAGCCGAAAAGUCCACCCCGGCGGCUGCUGGCGACACUGCGGCCGACAGCGAGGAUGGGCUGUGUGUGAAGCCGGCCGAGAUCACCGACGAGACCCUGGAAGCCGAGGAUGGCGAAAUCACAGGACGCGUGGUCGGCAUCGUCCGCCGCAACUGGCGAUCGUACUGCGCGUUCCUUGACCCGAACUUUGCUCCUAAGGGCCCACGUGCAUCCAACGCACCCACAUCGGUCAGCGUGCUGGCCAUGGACCGGCGGAUUCCCAAGAUCCGCAUCCGCACACGGCAGGUCGACGUGCUCGCAGGGCAGCGCAUUCUGGUGGCCAUUGACGCGUGGCCCAAGGAGUCACGGUACCCACAGGGCCACUUUGUGCGCGCGCUGGGCGAUGCCGGCGACAAGGCUACCGAGACCGAGGUUCUGCUCCUCGAGCACGACGUUCCAUACCAGCCAUUCACAAAGAGCGUGCGUGCUGAUCUGCCAUCUGAGGGUGCCAAUUGGGUGUUUGAUCCGGACCGUGAUCUGGUCACCGCCGGCCGACGCACCGAUCUGCGCCACCUCAACGUCUGCAGCAUUGAUCCCCCCGGCUGUACGGAUAUCGACGAUGCCCUGCAUGCCGUGCCGCUGCCAAAUGGAAACUUCCAGGUCGGUGUCCACAUUGCUGACGUCACCAACUUUGUUAAGCCCAACACAGCCAUGGACAAGGAGGCCGCUCACCGGUCGACCACUGUCUACCUUGUCGACCGCCGCAUUGACAUGCUUCCGGAGCUGCUGGGCACCAACCUGUGCUCGCUGAUGUCCAACGUGGACCGCCUUGCGUUCUCGUGCAUUUGGGAGCUCGACCCUGACGCCAACAUUGUCAACGUCACAUUCCAUAAGAGCGUGAUCCACUCCAAGGCGUCGCUGACGUAUGAGGAGGCCCAGAACCGCAUGGACGAUCCGUCGAUGCAGGACGACAUCACCAAGAACAUCCGCAAUCUGAACAUGCUGGCCAAGAAGCUGCGCAAGCGCCGUACUGACGCUGGAGCCCUGACGCUAUCGUCGCCCGAGGUGCGGUUCCGGCUUGAGAACGACUCGCAAGAUCCUGUCGAUGUCGAGAUGAAGGCGCUGAAGGAGACCAAUGCGCUGGUCGAAGAGUUCAUGCUGCUGGCGAACAUCAGUGUUGCCCAGAAGAUCUACGAGAGCUUCCCCGACUCGGCCCUGCUGCGUCGCCAUCCGCAGCCGCCGCCCCAGAACUUUGACAACCUGCAGCACGCACUGAAGCCGCUUGGCAUUGAGCUCGAGACUGGCAGCAGCCUGGCGCUGGCGCAGUCGCUGGACCGCGCUGUGCUGCCCAGCGACCCGUACUUCAACAACCUCCUGCGCAUCUUGACCACCCGCUGCAUGAUGCAGGCCCAGUACUUCUGCUCAGGCACCUGCACACCCGAGGAGUUCCGCCAUUACGGUCUUGCCACCGGCAUUUACACGCAUUUCACGUCACCGAUCCGUCGGUACGCCGACGUCAUGGUGCACCGGCUUCUGCAUGCUGCAAUCGACCGCCAGGUGGUGUUUGGCCCUGAGCUCACCGACAAGGUCAAGAUGUCCGAGCAGAGCGAUGUGCUGAACCACCGCCACCGCAUGGCGCAGCAGGCCAGCCGCUCGUCGGUCGAGCUGUACACUAACCUGUUCUUCAAGGGCAAGACUGUCGAGGAGCCUGGCUAUGUGACGCAAAUUCUGCAGAACGGCUUUGGCGUGCUGAUUCCCAGCUACGGAAUCGAGGGCGUCGUGUAUACGAGCGACAAGGACAAGAAGGACGUGCCGGCGGUCCUGCAGUACGACCAGGAGUCGCACACGCUGGUGUCUGCUGACAAGUCGUCGUCUGUGGGUCUGUUCCAGCGUGUGCGUGUGGUUCUGCAGGUCGACGAUAAGCCCGUCAGCGCCAAUGUCAGCUCUAUGCGCCGCAAGCUCGGCCUGCGCUUGACCGAGCCCCAGAUCCCCGGAGUCUCAAUGACUCCAGAGGAGCUUGGUGCCCUGAAGGCCGCCACAGGCAAGACUCUGAGCAAGGCCGAUGAGGACCAGGUCGUCGAACUGGUGACCAAGCACCCAGAGCAGGUGACAACUAUUUGAAGUGCAAUCCCAUUUUUCCUAAAUAUACGAAGUUUACU